UGCUCUGAAUCCCGCGAGCUCCUUCUCGUCGGCUUCCUCCUCCCCAAGCUCGCACCAGCCAACCACCCAAGAGAGCGUCUCGACGCCGUCCACCACCAGCGCCUCACCUCCCCUCCCUCCGUGCUUUCUCCUUCCACUCCACCUCGUCGUGCGGGCGAAGACAAAAGACGGCCAAGAAACCAAGAAGGCUUCUUGGGGACAGCCCUGCAAUGGAGCAGGGCGCCGGGAAGAAGCUCGGCAAGGCUAAGGCGUCCAAGUACGAUGUGAAGGCAUCUCCUCAGAGCGAGGUGUCCGCUCUGGAGCUCCCUGGCGCGCCGACUCGGGCCGAGGUGGCCGCGCUGCAGCUUCCGGGCGCCCCACCAUCGCCGACCCAGCCCGAGGUCGACACGACAUCUCAGGCGACCGCGUUGCAGCUCCCAGGCGCGCGACCCCAGCCGCCUCAGGCCGAGGUGUCUCCUCGCCCGCUUACGAUCGUCCCCGCCCCCGCUCACCUUCCGCCUCAGGCCGACGCGGUCUGGUUCAGGAGCUUGCUGGAGGCCCUCCGACUCCGGUUUCCGGGGCCGGUUGUGGCGAGGAUCUUCGAGGCCUUCCAGGGCGCGUGGGCGUCCGUGCACGGGUGGUGGAGCGGGCCGCCGCCAGCAGCAGCGCCGGUGAUCAACAAGAAGAACAAGAACAAGAAGAAGGACAAGAACAAGAAUACCUUGCUCCCCGUGCCGCGGCGUAGUAAGGCAUGGUUGUACUGGGAGAAGCGCCGCCGCCGCCGGGUGAUCCCCCCUCCUCCUGUUCUUGAUGAGCCGCAGCCUUCGCAGCCCGCACCAGUGCCACUGAUUAUCGAUGGAGAGACCGUCCCCGCUGAGAUUGUGGAGGGAUAUAAGAGAUGAUCGCGCAUUGCAACAAGCAUCGUUCAGUAGCUGUCCGCUGCAGCAGGUUUGGCUGUGCUGCUAAGGUUCCUCCCGGCCGCGACUUACGCUGGCACACCCAUAUUUGCCACGACUUGCCUGCUGAUUGGUGGCUACCAUAGAGGCCUGGUUGUACUAGGAAACAAGAUGUUGGUAGCAUAAAUGAUAUAAAUUGUUGUAUAAACUUGUAAAUCGUGUGGGUUUAUAUGCUUAUGGUUCUAAAACCACAACCAGAUCCUUGUGGUUCAUUCAUGAACAACAGUGGAAAUAUUAUGCGGGAAGAAUAUUUCCUUGUGUGG